AUGGGACGGGCCCGACUGGACAACUCCCAAGCUCACGACAAAGAGAAAUCAGAGACUGACACCCAAGCAUUAGGUCGUAGUCGACGUCUGUCGCUGUACGCCCAGCCAUAAGCAUCGUGUGCCAUUCAAAUCGCCCCUACGAUCUCCUCUAACGAUGCACAUCCGACACCAAUCGGCCGCUUCACCUCGCAAAUCAUCCACUAAAUCAUCUUCUCGACAUGCCUCGUCUGGUUCCAUGCCACUCUCAGCACUCGACCAAACACCCGCUAUGCCCUCGGGCGCGCAUUCGUUGGCACAUGAACUAGCUGUGGCGUUGAUGCCGGAACCAGUGGGGGGCAGCGACGCGUCGAGGUUGCUGGCGGAAGAGUUCGGGAUAGAGUAUGACGAAGGUGCGGAAGGUAUAGAUAACGAGCUAGUUGUGAGGCGGAACAGCGGGGGAGUCGACAUGCUUCAUCCCGAGUUAGCCAUUGUGGAAGGUGACGGGACCAGUCUGGCAGAUGAGUUGGGUGGUGGGGUAUUUGACGGGAACCUCGCUGAAGAACUGGGUGGUGUUGAAGCGGAGAACAGGCAAGCUAUUGACCCUCUCGAGGACAGCUCGGAUGACGACAAAACGGAUAGAGGGAGCGAUGGGGAUGAGGACGAUGCAACUCGCCGUGCAGCACGCGCCCACGACGCGAUGGAGGUUCUGUCGCAGAACCUCGCGUCCACAGACAAGUUCCUUGCCCAUCUCCGGGCGGUUGAUGUGCCUCCUCCCACCUCGGCUUCGCCGUUGUACACAAAGACAACGUUUGCAACCCAUACGAGUCAGCUCACUAGCUCGGGCACUUUCACAGUCGAGGGACUUGCGUCAGACGUGAUCAGGAGGGUUAACGACGCAGUGCGCGAGCGCGAAGGACAGCUGCGUGAACUCAUCGCGUAUGACAGGGACCUCAAACGUAUAUUUGGAGAAGUGGGUGGUGCCGAUGUGUUGGGGGAUCUCGAACCGCUAGAAGAGUUUGUUCUUGCAGAAGAAUCCUCGGCCCACCACGUCUCACACGUCCCGAACAAACUCGAUUCUGUCAUAGAAGAGGACGAGGGCGACCAAGGUGAACGUAACUCGUUCUACCUGUCCUCGUCACCCUCGUCACCGCAAAAAGCUGCCUUUUCUUCUUCACAUUCGUCGGUGCCCUCUGCACCACCACCAACUACGACUUCCAGUGCCAAGCCAUCGACACCGUCUGCCAUCUCGUCCUUUGCAAUAGUCGUACCCUCACUUGUCAGUCUUAGAGUGGACACUACCUCCCUCCUUUCUUCUCUCACAACCAUAUCGGAGCAGGCUCAAGUGAAUGGUGCAGCGACUGCAGAUGCGGGUCGCAAGAUCCGUUCACUCAAGAAUCGGUUGGGUGGAUGGAAAGUUGAGUGGGAAAGCGCUGAAAGAAGUCGUACGAAGAUCGAGAGGUGGGAAGUGGAGAGCAAGGCCCUCUCUGGGAGCAGGAUAGACGGACGAACCAUCGUUGCCGAUCAUUUGAGAGCAUUUGAGAAGGCGAUUGCAGAGGCUGGGGUAAAGACGCAGGCCAUCAUGGCCCGAUAAAAGGUUUCCGGUAGAUGUUGCAAGUAUAUUAUUCCCUUGGUUUUUUUGAUACUCCAUA